AUGCCGUCAACCAAAAGCACAAAUGGCGAUAGCCACUUCCAGCAAAAGAUAAAGAGUUUCUUCCGCAUCAACUCGUCCAGCAGCAGUCGCGAUGCCACCACCCCGGACCGGGAGCGCGGCGGCGUCUCGGGCCCCCUGCGCUCCGAGAACAACAAGCCCUCCCGCAACACGAGGUUCUUCAGCGUCGGCCGCCUGCGCAGCGCGACCACCGCUAGCGAGGGACAUCCGCUCGACGAGGCCAUGAGCCCGACUGCUCAUGCGAACCCCUACUUUGCCCACCAGGGCCAGCCCGGCCUACGACAUCACAAUGACGGGUCCGUACCCCCGAGUCCACCCGACACCCCGAUGCUCAAGGUCGACGGCCCCAACGGCGGGCCCGUGGAGAAGAUAUCGGCGAGCACCAAGGAGGAGCUCGCGAGGAAAUUGAGGAGGGUUGCCAGUGCCCCGAAUGCACAGGGCUUGUUUUCCAAGGGCAACGGCAGCGGGGAAAGACCACAAACCGCCGAGCUUAGCAAGGAGCCGCUCGCCGAGAGUAAGGACUCGACGAGCGUGGGAUUUGCCGACGCCCAGACACCACCCGGCAGCGCGGUGGAAUUGGCCACGUCUGUGCCGGAAGGGGAUAGCCUCGGGGCGCUGCCACCACCGAACCAGUCGCCGUUGGCGUUCCGCAGGACGUAUAGCUCCAACUCGAUCAAGGUCCGGAAUGUGGAGGUAGGCCCCCAGAGUUUCGACAAGAUCAAGUUGAUUGGUAAGGGUGAUGUGGGUAAGGUGUAUUUGGUGAGGGAGAAGAAGAGUUCAAGGCUGUAUGCCAUGAAGGUGUUGAGCAAGAAGGAGAUGAUCAAGCGCAACAAGAUCAAGAGAGCGCUGGCAGAGCAGGAAAUCCUCGCGACGAGCAACCACCCUUUUAUCGUCACUCUCUAUCACUCUUUCCAGUCCGAGGACUACCUCUAUCUGUGCAUGGAGUACUGCAGCGGCGGCGAGUUUUUCAGGGCGUUGCAGACGAGACCGGGCAAGUGCAUAUCGGAGGAUGACGCCCGCUUCUAUGCGGCUGAGGUUACGGCCGCGUUGGAGUACUUGCAUCUGAUGGGUUUCAUUUACCGGGAUCUGAAGCCAGAGAGUAUGUCUCGAUCACUGCAUGCGCCGUGUGGGAUGUGUGCUGACAAUCCGUCACAGAUAUUCUGCUUCAUCAGUCUGGCCAUAUCAUGCUUUCAGAUUUCGACUUGUCAAAACAGUCUGAUCCCGGCGGCAAGCCCACGAUGA